UUUAUUUUUGAAAGAAGCGCAAAGCAUGAUAAGUAUAUUUUUAAAUCUUUUAUUGAUCAACUAAUUUAAGUGUGCUGUGGAAAUUUAACUAUAGGUUCAAGUGUGCCGUGAGAUAAAAAAGGUUCAAAAAGAGCUAGAGGUACAAAAACUAAGAAGGGCUAUUGUCACAUCUCAUCACCCACACCAAAAGACUGAAUCCCCAAACUAAGAGCUUUGUCAGGUCUUCUUAAUGGCUUCAGAUCCCUAUUUAACUCUACCCUUCACCACAGAAAACGUAAAAGCCUAGGCUGGGGCAUGCAGAGGUUAAAUGACUCAGCCAAGGUCAAAUAGCUGGGAAGUAGAAGAGCCCAGAUUUCAAUCUUGGAAUCUGAAUCCUGUCUGAGGUCUUAGAACCCUAUUUUCCUUUUUUGCAGUUUUUGGCUGGGGCUGGGUUUGAACCCAACACCCCCGGCAUAUGGGGCUGGCGCCCUACUCCUUUGAGCCACAGGCACCGCCCAGAACCCUAUUUUCAAUCCAGGUCUGUCAUACACAAAGAUGAUUUCAGCACCUCCCCCCAACCCUCAUUUCAGAGGAAGGCACCACUCUGUAACAUACCUUGAGAGUGGCUGCUUACAACUGGGGGGGGGGGGAAGAGUGCCCACCUAAUGCUCAAAGUUAGGGAGAUUCUGAGGAUAAGAUGGCGGUCUCCACAGGAGUUAAAGUUCCUCAUAAUUUUCGCUUGUUGGAAGAACUUGAAGGACAAAAAGGAGUAGGCGAUGGUACAGUUAGCUGGGGCCUUCAAGAUGAAGAUACGACAUUUACAAGGUGGACAGGCAUGAUUAUUGGGCCACCAAGGACAAAUUAUGAAAACAGAAUAUAUAGCUUGAAAGUAGAAUGUGGACCUAAAUACCCAGAAGCUCCUCCAUCAGUUAGAUUUGUAACAAAAAUUAAUAUGAAUGGAAUAAAUAAUUCCAGUGGCAUGGUGGAUGCACGUAGCAUACCAGUUUUAGCAAAACGGCAAAAUUCAUAUAGCAUUAAAGUUGUACUUCAAGAGCUAAGAUGUCUAAUGAUGUCCAAAGAAAAUAUGAAGCUUCCACAGCCACCAGGACAAACAUACAAUUAAUUUUAGUGGAUCUCAAACUCGUCUUAAAUCAACCACCUUUUACUCAUGUUAAUGUCUUGAUUAUCACAAUGCAAAAUACCCACACAUUAAGUAAUUUCACCUGGUAAACAUGACUUGGACAUUUGUAAGAAUAUAUUUAAUAUAUGUACACCCAGUAUGCUUUCAGGUAACAAGAGGAAAAAUGCAGUAUUUUUUUUCUCUUAUUAAGGCACUGUCAUUUAAACAUAAACCUGGAAUAUACUCUAAAUAGAAUUCAGGUUUACAAGAUGAAAGUGUGAAGAGGGGUAUCAGAUGGCAGUGGAAGCAUGUGUUUCUGAAAAGUAAAAAUCUCCAGAAGGAAAAACAGAAAUGGCAUGCUUUAUCCAUCUUGCUUAGUGAAAGAGCUGCAGUUGAAAUUGUUUAAAGUAGCAGGUAUAAUGAAUAUUGUCGCAAAUUGUGUUAAUUUUUGAAGCAGUGUGGGUGCUACUACCAGUAGUAUGAAAAAUAUAUUCAGGAUUGUUUUGAUACCUGUAUUUACAAUAAAAUGUUGGGGGGGUGAUGAGUUUCUGUUAAGAGCUGUUCCUGUGUGUUACAUGUAACAGACAUGGUAAGUAUUUGUUUAUAGUCUUUGUUUAACAAACCAUGCAUUUAAGUGAAGUCAACAAAAAGGAAAUAGGCGUAUGGAGAUGUGAUUUUGAGAUUAAAAUUAGUCUUAAAAUGUAAAUAAAAUGUGGAACGUAAAAAAAAAAAAAAAGUUAGGGAGAUUCCAAUUCAAACACUAAUUAGACAAUGAGACCAAAAGACCAUUUCAGGAAACCUCUAUCCUUUUGGCAGUCCUCACCC